CUGGUAAUCCAUGGUGUCGGGGUUGAGGUUGUAGAGGUGAUGGAGGUGAUAUCAGGUUCUGGAUCGCGGCGAGGAAGUUCUCCGCUGCGGUAGCUGGGUGUAUGCCUGAGGCAGAAGGGUGCUGUAAGCGAGGGGUGGGCUGCGAUUGGUCGAGCGGGAAGGUGGGAAAUCCGUCACAUGCUGGAGGGAACUGUACUUGGCCGGAGCGUAGUUGGAUGGUUUACGAUAGGAAGAUAUUGGGAAAUGGAAUCGGCUCAGGUAGGUCAGCGGCGGUCUUAUGCCGGGGAUUUGUGUACUGUUCGUUACGUGGGAUCAGUCGAGGGUACAUCUGGGGAGUGGUUGGGAGUCGAAUGGGAUGAUCCGACUCGGGGGAAGCAUUCGGGGGAGCAUCGCGGGGUGAGGUAUUUCACAUGUAAAAGCAAACACCCUACAGCUGGAUCAUUCGUGCGUCCGUCUCGACCAGCAGAUAAACCUCGGGGUUUUCUUGAGGCGCUGCGCGAGAAGUACGCGUCUGAGACCCUUGAUGAAGACCUGGCUAGACAGAAGCAGGGUGAGAGUGCUACAGACGAUGCUCUGCACAAGCCUAUUGAGAUCAGUGGCAAGGUCGUUGAGGAAGUUGGUUUCGACAAGAUCCGGAAGCAGCUUGCCAGGCUUCAGGAACUGAAGAUCGUGCUUCUUGAUGGGUUACGAGUGGUUGGUGUUCUACACGAUGCAGAAGUCGAAGAGGUUGAAUCUGCAUAUGCCGAGAUCGAGCAGACCUGUCCAGAAAUUACCGAGCUGGAUCUGAGCCAGAACUUGUUGACGUCUUGGAGCGGCGUGGCUCGGAUAUGUAAACGGUUGAAGCUAUUGAAGAGACUGAAGUUGAUUGGAAACCGACUUGGUCCUCUCGAGGAAGGGUUAAAGUUCGAGGGAAUCACAGCCCUCCAUAUUGACGAAACGUUUCUUACAUGGGAGGAGAUAUCAGCUUUGACGUAUCAAUUUCCAGCCCUGACGUCUCUCUCUGCUUCGGCAAAUCAAAUCUCCAUGCUAUCGAUGCCACUAUCCAACAGCAUCACACGCCUCACUCUGGAAAACAAUGACCUCACCUCCUUAUCCAGUAUCAAAUCUCUCACCCCACUACCAAGCCUAGAGCAUCUUUCUCUUCGCGGAAAUAGCAUCUCCACCGUUUACAACUCUCCGGUUGAUAAGUUUCAAUUCUCGCACAGUCUCCACUCCCUCGAUAUCUCCCGCAACAAAAUCACUACUUGGGAUUUUGUCAACCAACUAUCAUCCGUAUUCCCCGGUUUAGAUACCCUUCGAAUAUCCGGGAACCCACUUUAUGACCAGCCCAUCGGACCAUCUCACAUAACUGGGGUGCCAGAGAAACCCAUGACAGUGGACGAAGCAUACAUGUUGACGCUCUCUCGCAUUGCGUCUCUACAGCUCCUCAACUAUGGUAAGAUCACUGCCAAGGACCGAAAUAAUGGCGAGCUAUACUACCUCUCUCUUAUCGGAAAGGAGCUGUCUGCUUUCCCGGAGACAGCAGAGUCACGCAUUCUUGCCGCGCAUCCGCGGUAUCGGGAACUGUGCGAGCUGUACGGCCAGCCUGUGAUCAGGAGAGUCGAGUCUGGACCAGGCGCCGCUGUCAACCCGCGGUCUGUUGCUGCGCGGUUGGUGAAAUUGGUAUUCCAUCUAUCCCAGACAGGCAUUGUACAGGGUGAGAACACUGGCACUUCGGGAAGCACACAGGAAGCUGUGAAGAUUAAGGAAGUGCCUCGAUCCUUCGACACAUACCAACUCAAAGCAAUUGUUUCUCGUCUCUUCGGACUUCCUCCGUAUGGGUUCAAGUUGAUUUGGGAGACUGAUGAGCUGGACCCAGUGAGCAAGGAGAAAAUGGAAGAUGACGAGGGCUGGGAUAGUGAGGAUGAGGGAGGUCUCGACAGUGCUAUAGAGAAGGAUGAAAAGUCGACUGAGGAAUCGGGCUUUGUCAAGCGGGAGGUAGAGCUGGUGGAUACUACCAAGGAUAUCGGGUUCUGGUUUCAGUCUGACUUGGUUGAAGCAAGGAUCAGGGUAGAAGUUUGAUCAUGACUGAUUAGAAGAUACUGCUCAAUAGAAAGCAAUGCCCCUCAUACAUGGCUUUGGGAUCUAAUUCACUCAAGGAUGUACCUGGCGGAACGAGUCGAGUCAUG